AUGCGUGCCACAGACUUCAACCAGGUGGCGGUGGAGAGCUGGAACAAGAAUGACCAGAAGCUCUUUGAUGCUGUCGAGAAGGGGGAUGUGGGCAGAGUUUCCGCUCUCGCCUCGAAGAAGACGGCAAGGCCCACCAAGCUAAAUGCCUUGGGGCAAUCUGCGUUCCACCUGGCGGCUUCCAAGGGGCUCACCGAGUGUCUCAGCCUCCUGCUCACUUAUGGGGCGGAAGUGAACGACAAGAACGACGACGGUAGCACCGCCCUUCACCUGGCCACCAUCGCUUGCCAGCCGCAAUGUGUGAAAGUCCUCCUGCAGCAUGGAGCGAACGAAGACUGCGUGGACAGAGAGAACCGCACGCCUCUGCACUGGGCCGCCUCCUCUGGGUGUGCGUCCAGCGUUUUGCUGCUGUGUGACCAAGAGGCCUUCUUGGAUGUCAUGGAUAAUCACGGACGGACGCCGCUCAUGAUCGCCGCGCAGGGCGGCCACCCGACCAUCUGCUCCCAGCUGCUCCAGAGAGGGGCCGCCGUCGACCUCCUCGACAGGGAGGGGAAGACCGCGCUCAUGUUGGCCUGCGAAAGUGGGAGCACCGAGUCGGCGGAGCUGCUCCUGCAGAGCGGCGCGCACGUGGGGCUGGCCGACAGCACGGGCCGCGACGCGCUGCACUACGCCACGCAGGCCCGGAGCCGGCCCCUGCGGCGGCUCAUCCGAAGCGCCCUGAAGAGGUGGAAGAGGAGAGAGCAAGGCCUCGACACGUCCCUGGAGUCUGGCUCGCAGGUCCCCUCUGAGAGUGGAAGAGAGACAGACGCGAGCAGCUUCACCUUCCCGAGCGAGGGAGGAGAGUGCAGUGAUGGGGAGGAAGAGGAAGAGGACCCAGAGCUGAAGGAGUGGAGGAGCCGGUACCGGGACGAGAAGAUGAAGGUCAUUCAGCUGGAGCUGCAGUUGGCCCAGAAGGCGAAAGAGUGCGAGGCCCUCUCGGAAGGGCGGAAGGGGAUGAACGAGAGGAUAUGGGGCCAGGUGCAGGAGAUCAACCAGCUCCUUCCGGAGGAGGGCGGCCGGAGCGAGGACUGGAGGGAUCCGAGCCGGAGGUACAGCCGCGAUGCGACCGAAGAAGACUAUUACCUCAACCUUUUAGCUGAGCAGGUCCAAGAGCUGAAGAAAAGGAUGGUGCAGCAGCAGCAGGCCCGGGAGAAAGGAGUGCCACCGAUGGCAGCGGCGGGAGAACCAGGGGAAGAGGAGCCGAAGGCUGUCACGGGGCCGGAGGAGAAGGCGCAGUGGCCGGGGGAGGAAGAGGCGGAGGAAUGGAAGCGGCAGGAAACGGAGCUGAAGCGCCUCCGGGCCGAAGUGGCCGCGGUCCUCGAGGAGAAGGCGAGUGCGGCAAGGAGGGUGGAGGAAGUCGAGGGCCACAUGGAGAACAUGCGGGCCGUGAUUGGCGUCUACGAGGCCAAGAAGAAGAGCCAGAGCACGGCGCUGAAGGGCCUGCAGGCACGUGUCCAGGAGCUGAACGGCGAGAACGAGCAGCUCCGUGGGCUCCUGGCGAAGCACCUGGGAGCGUGUGAGAAAGGCCGGCGACCAGCGCUCGGGCCCGCUCGCGAGGAGGUGUCCCGGUUCCUGGCAGAGCUGGAGGAGCUCUGCCGCAGAGUGCAGGAGGAGACCUCAGCGGUGGUGGCCGAGAAUCAGGCCCUGAAGGGCGAGGCGGAGGAUUCCCUCCGGAGCAAACUCCAGUUCCAGGCCGUGCCGUCUGGAGCAGUCAGAAGGAGCGUGUCCGCUUGGAAGAAGGUCGUUGCGGGCCUGGAGCGCGUGCUGGCCAAGAUGGAGCAAGCCAACGCCACCCUCCUGGAGAAAGCCAGGUCUCUCCAGGGAGCCACUGUGGGCGCCCCAUCCGGAGUUGUAGUCAAUGGCAACGGGCGUCACGAAGAGAACGGUGUCCUGCCGGACGAGGGACCUGUGCCGCCAGACAACCCCAAGGUCCCCGAGGAGCCGGAAGAGCUGGAGGCAGGGAAGAACCACCUCCAAAAUGGCUCCGGCGGGCAGGUCAAGCUUAGGCCGAAGCCUGACCUGGCAGAAAGGAAGGGCCGCCCGUGCCGGAAGAGCGCCGACCUCGAGAAGGAGGUGUGGGAUCUCAAGCAGAACAACGGCAGCCUCAUGAAGGAACUGACGCAGCUCAGCCGGGAAAGGGAGAAGCUCCAGGAGCAACUGCGGAGCCUGAGUCGCCCCGCGGACGGGCCUUCUCCAGCGGGGAGCCUGGUGGAGGAGCUGAGGCAGGCCGUGGCAUCCCUGUCCCAGCAGCUCUCGGCGGAGAAGGAGGAAUCGCGGGCCCUGCGCCUGAGUCUGGAGGCCCAGCGGAAGGAGAUGGUGGGGGUGCGGGACAGCUUCCUGAAGAAGGUGGCCCAGGAGGCCGGCGGCAUCGUGGGCGAAAGCCUCGACUCCUGCAUUCUGCAGGAGCUCCACUGGAAGCUGGACAACGUGGUGAAGAAGCAGAACAAGGCCCUGCAGCUGGUGUCCGAGAUGGAGGAGGAGAACCUGGCCCGUGAGGCCGACCGGACACUCCUGGCUGACCGCAGCGGCCGCAGCACCCUCGCGGCUGGCGAAGCCGCCCCGCAGGACCCCCUGCCUGAAGCCCCAGACGCCGGCGGGGACAGCCUGAGAGUGAGGCAGCGGAUGAGCGAGGUGAAGGCCGACCUGGAGCACCUGCGGGAGGCCUUGGAGGGGGCCCAGGCCUCUCUGGGUGGGAGAGGCAAGGAGCUCGCCCAGGUGAAGCAGCUCCUGGGCCGGCUGGCCACCGGGAUGGCCGAGCUGUGCCAGGAGGAGGAGGAGGCCCUCCGGAAGCAUGAGAAGGUCCGCGGCAUGCUGUCCCUCCGGGCCCAGGCGCUGGCGGAGGAACUGGCUGCCCUGCAGGAGAAAUACGAGGCCGCGAGGGGGGAGUCUGCCCGCGACAAGGAGGCCCUGGCCUCGGAGAGGCACAAGAGCCAGGAGCUGCUGGCCGAGGCGGCCGAGCACGAGGAGCUGGCGGAGGAGCUGCGCGGGAAGUGCCAGGCGGUGGAGAGCGUGGCCGAGAAGCUGAGCAGGCGGGUGGAGGAGCUGUCCAAGAGCUGCCAGGACAAAGAAGCGAAGAUGAAGAAGCUGCUGAAGGAAACAGAGAAGCUUUCCAGUGAAGUCCUCAACCUGCGCAGUGAACGGGCCCGCCUUCUGCUGCAGAACGAGGUCGUGCAGAAGAACCAUCAGGAGAUCGUGGCCAUCUAUAGAACCCACCUGCUCAACGCGGCCCAGGGCUUCAUGGACGAAGAGGUCCACGCCAUGCUGCUCCGGAUCCUGCAGACCAAUGACAGCUGA